UUGGCCAACUAACCAUUCAACAAAAACGUCAGAAAAAACCAAAGGUUUCCCACUUGCAGCAGCCUUGAAACUUGAGAGAGACGGAGAGAGGAUUGGCGCAUGUAAAGAUGGCGAUUUCGGAGGAAUCGCUGGUAAAACCCACGAUCUCUCCGCCGAAUACAUACGGCGCUGUUGUUCUCGGCGGUACCUUCGACCUAUUACACGACGGCCACCGUCUUUUUCUCAAGGCGUCGGCGGAGCUGGCCAGGGAUCGGAUUGUAAUUGGAGUUUGCGACGGUCCCAUGUUGACUAAAAAACAGUUUGCUGAGUUAAUACAGCCUAUUGAGGAAAGGAUGCGUAAUGUUGAAAAUUACAUCAAGUCUAUUAAACCGGAGCUCUUAGUGCAAGCUGAGCCUAUUACUGAUCCAUAUGGUCCGUCCAUCGUUGAUGAAAAUUUGGAGGCUAUAGUUGUGAGCAAGGAGACUUUACCGGGUGGAAUUUCGGUCAAUAAGAAGAGAGCUGAAAGAGGCCUCUCACAACUGAAGAUUGAAGUUGUGGACCUGGUUUCUGAAGGAUCUAGUGGAGAUAAGCUUAGUUCAUCGACACUGAGAAAGCAUGAGGCUGAGAAGGCCAAGCAUCAGGAAGCCAAUAUCAACAAAGAUUCUAAUUCUAUAGAAAGUUGGUUUUGCAAAAUCUCGGAAAAGAUGAAUGAUUUGAUGACAAAAUCGUUCCUAAGUUAUGUGGAAGUCAAGAAACAAGCCCAGAAGGACCUCGAAGCCGAUCUCGACAUCGAAAAGGGCCAAAUUCCCGACCUGAAAGACGAAGGGAACCUCUCUCAGUUCUACCAAGAAGUCGCAGCGGUCAAGUCCGAAAUGGAAGAGAUCACCAAUCUCUUGUCCGACCUUCAGGCCCUGAAUGAGGAAGCCAAGGCCACCCACAGCGCCAAGAUUCUCCGCGGGCUCAGGGACCGAACGGACUCCGAUGUCGUUGCAAUUCUUCGGAAACUGAGGACCGUCAAGGCGAGACUCGAGGCGAUUGAUCAGUCCAAUGCGAAAAACCGGAAGAUCUACAGAGAAGGAAGCCCUGUAGACUGUACUAGGGUCUCGAUCACCAAUGGCUUGAGAGCCAAGUUAAGAGAAAUGAUGAGGAGUUUCCAGUCUCUGAGGGAAAAGAUUGUGGCUGAUCACAAGGAAGAUCUGAGGAGGAAGUACUAUUGCGCUACAGGGGAGUUACCAAGCGAGGAGGCGGUCGAGAAGAUGGCCGCCGGGGCGAUGAAAGUCGAAUUUUUCGAGGGGAAAACUGAGGCUGAAAUGGGGAACAAAGCCAGACAUGAGAAUGUUUUGGAUAUACAGAGAAGUUUGGAUAAGCUUCAUCAGGUGUUUCUUGACAUGGCUGUUCUGGUUGAAGCUCAAGGCGAAAAGAUUGAUAACAUUGAAGAGAAUGUUAUGAAUGCUGGUGAUUUUAUUAAUGGUGGCACAAACAGUCUUUACUAUGCUAACCAGAUGAAGAAGAAGAACAAAUGGGUUUACUGGGUUUGGGCUGUUGUGAUUAUCAUUCUUCUGGUCUGCUUCAUAUCAAUGUUGGCUUCUUGA